AAGUUUGCCCGCCCCUGCUUUAUCACAUGGUGUUGAAAGGCUCACAGGGAGCGGGGGAGUUAGCUGGCAGGGCUCUGGAGGAGUUACUGCGUACUUAUCUCAUCAUUCUGGGUCUGAAUCUGCCAUGGCGUUUGUAACCGAAGAACAGAUCCAACAGUUCUAUGAAGAUGGUUUCCUCGUUUUGGAAGAGUUUUUCACCACAGAAGAAUGUGAUGCCAUGAGGGAGCAAAUAGACAAGAUUAUAGCCAAGAUGGAUGUGCCACCCCACUGCCGUACAGAGUUCUCCACCGAUGAAGAGGAACAGCUCCAGGCACAGGGCAGUGCAGAUUAUUUUCUAACCAGUGGAGACAAGAUCAGAUUCUUCUUUGAGAAAGGAGUUUUUGAUGAAAAAGGUGACUUUCUUGUUCCAAAGGAGAAAUCUAUAAACAAGAUUGGCCACGCUUUGCAUGCUUACGAUCCCAUCUUCAAGCAAAUCACUCACUCCUCCAAAGUGCAGGAGUUGGGAAGAAAACUGGGCCUUGAGAAACCAGUAGUUGUCCAGAGCAUGUAUAUCUUCAAGCAACCUGGCAUUGGUGGUGAAGUGAGACCACACCAGGAUGCCACAUUUCUGUACACAGAGCCGCUGGGCAGGGUUCUGGGCCUCUGGAUAGCUCUGGAGAAUGCCACACAGGAGAACAGCUGUCUCUGGUUCAUCCCUGGCUCUCACACCAAUGGCAUCACACGUAGAAUGGUCCGAGCCCCGCCGGGCACCUUACCAUGCACACAUUUCAUCGGCUCUGAGCAGACUUAUCAAGAUAGCCAGUUUAUUCCUGUGCCCAUCCGCAAAGGUGGCCUCAUUCUUAUCCAUGGAGAAGUUGUCCACAAGAGUGAGUUGAACAGCUCAGAGUGGUCCCGCCAUGUGUACACUUUCCAUCUGAUGGAGGCCAAAGACACCACCUGGAGCAAAGAGAACUGGCUUCAGCCAACUCCUGAACUGCCUUUUCCACCUCUCUACAACUGAAACUAACGUUGGCCAUUGGAGUCAAACGGUUGAUUAGUAAGUAGAUUCCAUUCAUCUUUCUCAGCCACCCCCUGCUCUCAUCUCCCAAUAUUCAUUUGUCCUCAGCGCAGAAGGAGUAGCUUCAGCCUGUGUGCAUGACAGAAGAAUCUUCACCCAUACCCGUCCAGCGCUGGCCUUACUCAGAGCAUCUCUGCUACGUGUACACUACUCAUAGUGGGAACAGUCACCUAAAAACCACUUUUGAUGGGGAAAUCUCUUUAGUCAUAUGAACUGACUAUUAAGCCACUGUGCCUCAACUCUGGGACCAGCUGACAGGCACCUCCUUUUCAGGAUACUCAAAAUCUCAGUAUUUUCCCCUUGUACAACCCAAGCCAGGAAAAUUUCUAUUAUGUUUAUUCCAUCUCUGUUGUAUUACCCUCAGGUGUACAGAGUCUUUUGGAGGUUAUGUAGAGGGGUUUUGUUGUACCACAAAAAAGUUAAAACCUACCCUGCUGCAAUAGCAAUAGAUUAAAAGAAUGGUCUAGAAUGGGGAGACCAAAGUAGGGAGCCUAAAUUUCUUAUUUUUCCUUUUAAAAUGCUCAGUAAGAGUUACUGGUGAGUGGUAUGUGAGGAGAUAACACAAUCCCUAGACUUGUAAACCUUUACUCCAUACAUUUUCAAGGAGAACUGAGUAACUUUUGAUGCAUAUUGAAGUUAAUGAGAUGUGGGAAUAUCAAGAAUAAAAAUACAAACAUCA